AUUAAUGUUAUUUAGACUUGCUUAAUAUUAUAUAAAUUCUUAUCUAUUGCUAUAAAUUUCUAUUACAGUUUUAUAUUGUUUUUAACUGAUAACUUUUGGUUAAUUUUUUGGUUCUACAUAUAUUGCUCUAAUAAUAUUUUUAUAGUCAUUGGGUCUUUAGACAUUUUCAAGAUAAAUUAUUCCAACCUUGAAAAAUUGUAACCACAAUGUCACGUGAAAGAUCAAGUAGUAGAAGGUUUUAUCGUGGAGAGUCUACGUCAAACCUUCUGGCAUUUAUGGAUAGGGGUAUGACUGCUGAAGAACAAAACCGAUGGACUUUUGAAGUGGCUUGGGAGGCAGCCAAUAAAGUUGGUGGAAUCUACACUGUGAUUAGAUCAAAGGCAUAUGUAUCAACAGAAGAAAUGGGAGAUCAGUACUGCCUUAUGGGACCAUACAAAGAGCAUUGUGCCAGGACCGAAGUUGAAGAGGGUCCUCUUUCUAACAAUAGCUUAAACAAAGCAGUAGAUGCUUGUAGAAACAAGGGAUAUAAAGUGGUAACAGGUCGAUGGCUGGUAGAUGGAAACCCCCAAAUAAUUCUAUUUGACAUAGGUAGUGCCGCAUGGAAAUUAGACCAAUUUAAGCAAGAACUUUGGGACAAAACGAAUAUUGGAGUGCCGCAUUUAGACAUCGAAGCAAAUGAUGCGAUUAUUUUGGGGUAUAUGGUGGCAGAUUUCUUAGCUGAAUUUAGACAAAUAUCAGAAGAUGAUGGCGAUGGCGUUGUACCUAAAAUUGUGACACAUUUUCAUGAGUGGCAGGCCGGUGUUGGUUUGAUAGCAGUCAGAACUAGACAUACACAUAUAGCUACUGUAUUUACUACUCACGCUACUUUGUUAGGGAGGUAUUUGUGUGCUGGAAACACAGAUUUUUAUAAUAAUUUAGACAAGUUUGCAGUAGAUGAAGAGGCUGGUAAAAGACAGAUAUACCAUAGAUACUGCUUGGAAAGGGCGGCUACACAUUUAUGUCAUACAUUUACUACUGUUUCUGAUAUAACAGGCUAUGAGGCAGAACAUUUACUUAAGCGAAAGCCCGACGUUAUUACGCCAAACGGUUUAAACGUUAAGAAGUUUUCAGCUCUGCACGAGUUCCAAAAUUUACACGCCCUUUCAAAGGAUAAAAUUCAUGAAUUUGUGAGAGGUCACUUUUAUGGGCAUUAUGAUUUCGACUUAGAUAAGACCCUAUAUUUCUUUAUUGCUGGAAGGUACGAGUUUGGGAACAAAGGCGCAGAUAUUUUUAUUGAAGCUUUGGCUAGGUUGAAUCAUUAUUUAAAGAGCUCACACCCUGAAAUAACAGUAGUCGCUUUUAUGAUUUUCCCAACAAAAACAAACAAUUUUAAUGUUGAAUCUCUGAGAGGCCAUGCAGUAACUAAGGCUUUAAGGGACUCAAUACAAGACGUACAAAAUAAAAUCGGAAAAAGGAUGUAUGAGAUUUGUUUGAAUGGGAGGCUACCAGCUGGUAAUGAAUUACUUACGAAAGAAGAAAUGGUCAGAUUAAAACGCUGUAUAUAUUCCUUGCAAAGGGAUGGGCUUCCACCAGUUACUACACAUAACAUUAUUGAUGACUGGAACGAUCCCGUUUUGUGCCAUGUUAGAAGAUGCAAUUUAUUCAAUACCACUCACGACCGCGUUAAAAUUGUCUUCCAUCCAGAAUUUUUGAGUACAACAAACCCGCUAUUUGGCUUGGAUUAUGAGGAAUUUGUACGAGGUUGCCAUUUGGGCGUGUUUCCUAGCUACUACGAACCAUGGGGUUAUACUCCAGCAGAAUGCACAGUUAUGGGAAUCCCAAGUAUAACCACGAAUUUAAGUGGAUUUGGGUGCUUUAUGCAAGAACAUAUCUCAGAUCCGGAAAGUUAUGGUAUAUACAUCGUCGAUAGACGUUACAUCGGUUUAGAACAGUCAGUACAACAGUUGGCGCACUUCAUGUAUGACUUCUCUAGGUUAAGUCGAAGACAACGAAUUAUUCAGAGAAAUAGGACUGAACGGUUGAGUGAUAUGCUAGAUUGGAGAAGUUUAGGAGCAUAUUACCGUCAAGCUAGAACCCAAGCCCUACUCAAGCUGUUUCCUGAUUAUGUCGAUGAAAUUGAAAAUGUUGGAACUAUGAAAUAUCCCAGACCAAUUUCUGAGCCUCCGAGUCCUAACUCGAGUCACGUAACUACGCCCGCGGCAUCGGUUCAUGGCAGCGAUGAUGAGGGCGAUUCUGUGGAUAGCGAGGCUGAGCUGGAAGAGCUCCGGAACCAUAAAUAAGAAUCUGAAGAGAAUCCACUUGGAGUUGGGUAAUCUUAUUUGCUAGAUAAUAAGGCAUCUAUGCAAUACUUUUUAUACAUUUAUUUUAAGAUGGUUUUUAUUAGAUUAACUAGAUCAUUUUAUCGGUUAUUAUAUAUUCUCUCUAUUCGAACAAAUAAGUAUUUACUAGGAUACUCGAAACCUUGCCUUUUUGUGUAUUUUAAGACCCAUUAACACUCGAAAAAAUAUUAAUAGAUUGUAUUGUUAAUAAAGUUUUCUAAAUUGUUUAUGAAAUUAUUGUUGAGUUUUAUAGUUUAGAGUAUAUUAAAAUAUUUAGAUCAAUAUUAGUGUUGAAGUAUAAAAAAUGUUAUCGACAAAUUGUGCCAAUAUAUAAAUUUUUU